UAGGCGUAGUUCCCCAGCUCCGCAGAGUCAUUUCGGUUGCGAUCCGAGGAGCGUGCAGGGUUGCUGCCAAAAAGCAAAAAGAAAGCAUGGCCUCCAAAGAGUUUCUCCUCUGGUGCGUUGUGUUGGUGUGGGUCUCCGGUCCCGCGGAAGCCACGAACAAACCGCCAGAGGUGCAAAUGUAUUCCCGCUAUCCCAUGUCGGCUGGCAAGGAGAACGUUCUGCACUGCUUCGCGGAGGGUUUCCACCCUCCAAAAAUCAAUGUUACUCUUCUGAAGAAUAACGCUGAACUACCCAACGUCAAGCAGUCUGAUCUCUCUUUCAAGGAAGACUGGACCUUCCAGCUUCUGACUUACGCUUCGGUGGUUCCCAAUGGAAAAGAUGAAUAUACGUGCAAGGUGGAACACCAGGCGCUUCUGGCACCAAAGAUUUUGAAAUGGGAACAGGAUUACUAAGCCAGUAGUCUCCCUCAAACAAGAUUUGAUGAAUGCUGAUUUGAAGCACUAGUUCUGCUGAUGAUGUUUCUGAAUUGACUUCAAGUGCUGUUUCUGCUUAUCACUGAUUGAAAAGCACCAAUUUUAACUUUUAAAAACUUUUAAAAGCCAGGCCUUUUCAGGAAACUAUCAAAGAUAGCCCUCAUGUGUUUAUAUAAAUCAGCAUUUGAACCAUCGUGAUUUUAUAAUAAGUUUUCUACAUUUAGAGUCAUAGUCCAUAUGGAGUCAUCAUCAUAAAUAUAGUCUCAUAGAGUCGAAAGACAACUGAUUAAUCAAUUUGAAUGUCUGAAAAGGCCAUCACUUUCGCUUUAUUGCUAUGUUAAAUCUUUUAGGAAUUAAGAGUAUUUGCUUCUGUUAUUACUGAGACAAGAAUGGAAAAAUAGAAUUUUCUAAAAAUGGUAAUUAAAGUUUCCUUUUAUAAACUGCUGACAGUCUUACCCAGCACAUAAGUUCAUUUUGUUAUCCUCCAUUAAUGUAUACAUAACCCUCCAAUAAAAGCUAUCUUACAGUGUU